UGGUGCAUUUCAAAGCGUCUGCUCAGAUCUCAUGGAAUUUCUUGGCUACUACAUGUUCAGUCAGACAGAAAGACACGGGGGUGAAUCCAUGAUCACCUUGCAGUGUUUCACUGGAUGCCUCAGAAGAGCAGAUGGGAAUAGUGAGCAGUGGAUAAGUCUGUCACUGGGUUUGAGAAGUCUGGCUCUCUCCAUGUCACUGUCACUCGGGAGACAUCCUGCUUUCUGCGCGGCGGUAAGGGAGGGGACUGCGGCUCCGAGCGAUCUUCCUGUAAAAACGGCAAAAGCAGGAGCGGUGGGAAGUGUCAUGUGCGAGGAAUGUGUGGAAUGAGGGUGAUUUCAAGUAUUCCCAUACUCAGAUAAUUCCAAGGGACAGAUCCAUGCCCCACUUCAGAGUCAAGAUGGAGCUGCUGAAGGGACUGCCAUUGAGCCGCACUUUCCUGGCUGUCAUCCUCAACCUGCUGGCUCUCACCCUCUCCACCACAGCCUUGCUGGGCAGCUACUGGUGCACCGGGACCCAGAAAGUACCCAAGCCUUUGUGUGGGAAGAGCAAAGCCUCCCAGUGUGUGGGUGUGCCCAUGCCAUCCGAUGCAGACACGAGCAAUGUUUCCUCUGAGGACACAGUGCACUACAGCUGGGAGACUGGGGAUGACCGCUUUGCCUUCAGAUACUUCCACACAGGGAUGUGGCUUUCCUGUGAAGAGAGCAUGGAAGGGCCAGAAGAGAAAUGCCGCAGCUUUAUUGAGCUUUCACCACCAGCAGAGAGAGGAAUCCUGUGGCUGUCACUGGGAUCAGAGAUGCUGUACAUCAGCUUGCUGCUCAUCAGCUUCAUCCUCCUGAUGGUGGAAAUUCUGCACACUGGCAAUCCUGUGUGUGGGAUGAAGCUCAAUGCCUUUGCUGCUGUCUCCUCAGUGCUGUCAGGUCUCCUUGGGAUGGUGGCACACAUGAUGUACACUCAAGUCUUCCAGGCAACAGUUAAUCUGGGACCGGAGGACUGGAGGCCACACACAUGGGACUAUGGCUGGGCAUUCUACAUGGCCUGGGCCUCCUUCACCUGCUGCAUGGCCUCUGCUGUCACCACUCUCAAUACCUACACCAAGACGAUACUGGAGUUUAAAAGGAACCACAUCAAGGGAUACGAUGGGACCCUCAAGGAUCACCCUCAGCACCACCAGUGCUUCAUACAGCAAAUAAGCAGCUACUAUGAGCCCAAAGGCAAGGUCUUCCAUUCAGUCUCUGAGGGAGUCGACUUCUACACUGAUCUGCAGCAGAAAAUACUGCAGAGGGAACCAGAGCUGGACCUGGAUGAAGUCUUGGGCCAGACAAUUGGGGAGGAUCGCUGUUAGGGAUGAGUGUACAGGGACAGAGCAGUGGAGUUUGGGAGGAACAAGAGCUCUGAACUAAGCAUUGGCACCACUGUUAGCAGGUUUUGGGGACCUCUUCCAGGCUCUGCAGGGAGUGAGGAGGCAGGCACUGGGUCAGGGCAACUAGAGUAGAAGUUUGGGGGUCCUCCCUGGUCAUAUACAAUGUGAUGGGUGCCCUCUUCUGACAAGGGUGAAACUGGAGGGACAUGCUGGUGCCAGCUGUCUCCAAGCACUUUCAGAGUUGAGUCAGAUGUCCUGAUCCCAGUAUUGCACUGGGGAACAGACAAUCAGCACCAUCCAGAUGGCAAACUGUGCUGCUGGGUGGUGUCACACUGACCUUCCAUCAGCACCUCCAUUUCAGUGCUAUGGUGAAGGCCAUCAGUGUUCAUAUUGAUCAGCUGUCACCCUCUCUGAACACCCUGCUUAUUCUUAAUUUCCAGGCCCAAACUCUUCUCCCUGCCCCCAGAUUAAAAGUCCCGCUGCAGUAGGAAUAGGAGAUAGCUUUCAGACAUCUCCUCCUCCUUCCUAUCUGUAAUGACUCCCACAUGUUCCCUUCUUGCUUUUUGCCCAGAAAUCUCCCAUUCUGAGGUACUUUGCUGUCUGCCUCUUUUUACUGUUUCUUCGUAACCAUUAAGAAUUUGGCAGGACUUUUGCUUUUUAUGUUACUUCUAUUCAUC